CUAUCAGCUGCCAACUAACGCAAAGUUGGCACAAAAUACGUGGCUUUAUUUUCGUAUUUUCGCGCUAAUUCAAAUAGUUAUGUUAACCCAAAGAUAGCCGUUAGUUAAAUUAACAUUCAGCUGUCAAAAUGCUGGCCCUACUGCUGCAGCUGUGCGGCUACCUAUUGGGAUUAACCGCUCUAGCCGCGUUCCUGACGAUUAUUGUUUUGCUGUACAAAACGCAACCGUAUCCGAACAUAAAGCGCUACAAGGAUGAGAAGUUCUAUUUGGAUCCCGAAACGAUCAAAACAAUUGCAUUUCCCAGUUUGGACGACCCGCCCACCUUGGAGCUGAGCGUCAUUGUGCCGGCUUACAAUGAGCAGCAGCGCCUGCCCGCCAUGUUGGACGAGUGCAUGGCCUUUCUGGCACAAAAGUCGCAACUGCAGCCCGACUUUAGCUACGAGGUGAUUGUGGUCAGCGACGGCAGCAGCGAUGCAACGGUUUCCGUUGCGCUGAAAUACUCCAAGAUCCAUGGCGCUGAUAAGUUUCGUGUGCUGGAGCUGGUGGAGAAUCGCGGCAAGGGCGGCGCCGUACGGCUGGGCAUGCUAAGCGCGCGCGGUCGUCAGCUGCUCUUCGCGGACGCGGACGGUGCCACCAAGUUUGCCGACUAUGAUAAGCUGGCCGAGGCGUUGUCCAGCCUGGCGCCCGAAUGGCGACACGAUGGCAUUGCCAUUGGGUCACGUGCUCAUCUGGAGGAUGAAUCGAUUGCUACGCGCAGUUUUCUCCGCACCAUACUGAUGCACGGCUUUCAUACGCUUGUCUGGAUUUUUGCCGUGCGCUCUGUCCGGGACACCCAGUGCGGCUUUAAGCUUUUUACGCGUUCCACAGCGCGCAAACUAUUCAAUAGUCUGCAUGUGCAGCGCUGGGCCUUUGACGUGGAGCUGCUUUAUCUGGCCGAGCGUCUGCAGUUGCCCAUGUCGGAGGUGGCUGUGCGAUGGACCGAAAUUGAGGGCUCGAAAUUGUCGCCGUUCUGGUCAUGGUUACAAAUGGGCAUUGAUUUGUUCAUGAUCUGGCUGAGAUAUAUGGUGGGUGCUUGGCGGGUUGCUGCUAGCCAGAAGAAGGAGAAUUGAUAGAUGAAACGUCGAACCUAGUGCUAAGGGCGCGCAUUUAAUUGUGUAAUUGCUUUUGUUCACUAAAAACUAAAACUAAAUAACUUAUUAAAUUAAGUGCACAGUAUUUUAAAAAUCUUGAA